UGCCCUACAGAAGCAGCGGCACUGCUUCAUCCUGCUCUCGCUGUCAGUCUGCUGCUGCUGUUCACUCGGCUGUAGAGUGCGCACACACACACACACACAUACACACACACACACACACACACACACACACACACACUGGUCUUCCUGGGAUAGACACCGGCUACUCUCACCCUCUCUCUGCAUGACUGUCACAAAGAUGUCAUGGCGCCCGACCUACCGAAGCUCCAAGUUUCGAAACGUCUAUGGCAAAGUUGCCAACAGGGAGCACUGCUUCGAAGGCAUCCCCAUCACCAAGAACGUCCAUGACAACCACUUUUGCACCGUCAACAGCAAGUUCCUGGCCAUAGUGACAGAGAGCGCUGGAGGAGGGGCUUUCAUCAUUAUCCCAGUCACUCAGUCCGGCCGUAUCGACCCUCACCACCCAAAGGUCUGCGGUCACCAAGGCAACGUGCUAGAUAUCAAGUGGAACCCUUUCCAUGAGAACAUCAUUGCUUCCUGUUCAGAAGACUCUUCUGUGCGGAUAUGGGAGAUUCCAGAUGGUGGCCUGAGGAGAAACAUGACUGAAGCCAUAUUGGAGUUGUAUGGUCACAGCAGACGAGUGGGUCUUAUAGAGUGGCACCCAACCAGCAGCGGCAUCCUGUUUAGCGCAGGAUAUGACUACAAGAUCCUGAUCUGGAACCUAGAGAUUGGAGAGCCGGUGAAGAUGAUCGACUGCCACACAGAUGUGAUCCUCUGCAUGUCCUUCAAUACUGAUGGAAGCUUGUUAACCACCAGCUGCAAGGACAAGAAGCUACGUGUCAUCGAACCCCGCUCAGGCCAGGUGCUACAGCAGGAGGCGAGCUGCAAGAAUCACAAAGUCAACCGUGUUGUGUUCCUGGGCAACAUGAAACGGCUCCUAACAACGGGGGUGUCCCGCUGGAACACACGACAGAUUGCACUCUGGGAUCAGGAGGAUCUGUCCAUGCCAAUAAUCGAGGAGGAGAUAGACGGCCUCUCAGGGUUGCUCUUCCCUUUCUAUGAUGCAGACACACAUAUGCUGUAUCUGGCAGGCAAGGGUGACGGUAACAUUCGCUACUAUGAAGUGAUUACAGAGAAGCCUUACCUGCAGUACCUCAUGGAGUUCAGGUCCCCUGCUCCUCAGAAAGGACUCGGUGUAAUGCCUAAACAUGGCUUGGAUGUGGCAUCCUGUGAAGUCUUUAGGUUCUACAAGCUGGUGACACUGAAGGGACUGAUCGAGCCUAUCUCCAUGAUUGUACCGAGAAGGUCAGAGACGUACCAGGAGGACAUCUACCCCAUGACUCCGGGAACAGAACCUGCUCUCUCCGCCGAAGAGUGGCUCAGUGGUGUUAAUCGAGGGCCAGUGUUAAUAUCUCUCAAGGAGGGCUACAGCAGACCCAGUAAGCUGGUGUUCAAGGCCCCGGUGAAGGAGAAGAAGAGUGUUGUGGUGAACGGGAUUGACCUGCUGGAAAAUGUGCCUCCCCGCACAGAGAAUGAGCUCUUGCGGAUGUUCUUCAGGCAGCAGGACGAGUUGCGGCGGCUGAAAGACGAGCUAGCGCAGAAGGACAUUAAAAUACGACAACUGGAGCUGGAGCUGAACAACCUGAGAAACAGUCCAAACAUCAACAACCGCAACAACAAUAACAAUAGCAGUGACAACAGCAUGUGACCAGGGUCAAGCCCUUGUAAAAUAACUCCCAGUACUGCUGAACAACUUCCUGGAUACCCCUGUCUUAUAUACCACAAGGCCAAGUGUUUGUCCCCACCAAGCAGUGUCUCACUCUGAUCCUAACUGUUGAUGCCUUUAAUGCUGUCAGACUCUACUGGGGCGUACUUUAUCACUAAAACCUCUCACACCUUAUGGCCUGUAUGACCUAAUGCUACUUUUCCAGCAGUAUCAGUAUACUUAAGGCUUACAUUCGCAGGCAAACACAAAGAUUUGCAGAGGAAAAGUAGUUCAAAGGGACAGAAUAUUCUUUAAGGUUUCUUUCUUGCUAUUUAACUCUAUUAAUUGUAUUUUACUCACUUUUACACAUUCUCUCUCUCUCUGUCUUUCACUUGUAUCCAUAUCUCUCCUCUCUUGUGGGCAUGUGGGCUGCUAAAUUUGCAGUGUUGGAUUGGAAUGGCUUAGACAGGUCAUUUGAUACAAGCCAUUAACUGUAUAAUGUUUUUGUGUGUUUUCUUUAUAAUUAUUUAUUUUGUUAUAUAUGUUUUCCCCCCAAUUACGCAUUGUUUUUAAAUAAUUAAGCUCAUCUCAUCUUUAAUCAUGGAUGUAGAGACAGAGAUCAUUAGCUGGUCAACCAAAUAUGUCUUCUAGAAGUCAUUUCACUUGUCUUGUCUUUUUUUGUCUUACAAUCUUAAAGAUGCAAUAAGUAUUAUUUACAUGGGAAAGGGUUUUGAAUUAAAGAUGCAGUUUGUAAUGUUUAUCCAUCCAUUAUCCGUAACCGCUUAUCAUAUGCAGGGUUGCAGGCAAGCUGGAGCCUAUCUCAGCUGAUUAUGGGCAAAAGGCAGGGUACACCCUGGACAAGCUGCCAGAUCAUCGCAGGGCUGGCACAUAGAGACAAACAAGAAUUCACACUCACGGUCAAUUUAGAGCCACCAAUGAGCCUAACCUGCAUGUCUAUGGACUGUGGGGGAAACCCACGCAGACACGGGGAGAACAUGCAAACUCCACACAGAAAGGCCCCUGUCAGCCACUGGGCUCGAACCCAGAACCUUCUUGCUGUGAGGCAACAGUGCUAACCACUACACCACCAUGCUGCCGUUUGUAAUGUUUAAUUUAAUUAUAUCUUUGCCAUACAAAUGGCCUUGCGAGUUUCUUCACUUCAAACCUGUUUUUCUGGCCCAGAAAUAGGCUCUACCCCCAAACAGAACAGAGUUCCUCAGCUUUGCAACUUUCCUUAACGGUAUUCUCAGGGAAAGUUGCAGGUAGUAGAGGAAUCUAAAAAUUACAAACUGCUCCUUUAAUAUACAAAGAUCGAUUGCUGAUGCAUUGGCUGAGAAAAUCUCUCUUCUAUAGUGUUCAAGCUUCCAUUAUGAGGUUGCAUCAAGCCAAAGCAGUUUUUAAUUGCAUUCUAGUGAAACACAAAACAGUACUUAUUGUAUCUUUAAUGUAAUUGGAUUAUUCAGAGGUUCGGCUCUGAUUGUAUGCAUAAUGCCAGGUUGAAUGGAUGUAAAAAGCAUUCACAACACAGUACAGCAUAACUAACACCAUAUACACCUAGAAUUUAACUUAACAUGAGUGUGUUGUCACUAAUAUAACCUUCAAGAAUGUGUUCAUGUUCUACUGCAGGUGAAAAGUAAAAGGGUGCUAAAUUGUGCCUUUCCUUGUCACUGGGGCGAGGGAGUGUUGUAGUCAAAACCACCUAAACUGAGACUAAGUCAUGACCAAGACCAAAGUGUACUGAGAUCAAGACAAGACCAAGACUUUGAGGGAUUGCGAUCAAGUCAAGACCGAGACCAAGUCAACACUGAGACCGAAACAAGCCCAGGACCAGACCAUUGUGUGUGAAGGGGGGUGAGGGAGGAUGACAGCCAUUAACAGGAAGAAGAUCUUCAAUUUAUCAAUAAAGUCAUAUUGGUUGCAUUUGAAGCAGGAGAUUUUACAUCCAAUCACAGUAAUGAUUUUAACAAAUAAAUCCGACAAUACAUAAGCAAUUUAGUGAAAUCCCCACAGUUCAUCUCACCUCAUUAUGUCUAGCCGCUUUAUCCUGUUCUACAGGGUCGCAGGCAAGCUGGAGCCUAUCCCAGCUGACUACAGGCGAAAGGCAGGGUACACCCUGGACAAGUCGCCAGGUCAUCACAGGGCUGACACAUAGACAACCAUUCACACUCACAGUCAAUUUAGAGCCACCAGUUAACCUAACCUGCAUGUCUUUGGACUGUGGGGGAAACCGGAGCACCCGGAGGAAACCCACACGGAUACGGGGAGAACAUGCAAACUCCACAAAGAAAGGCCCUCGCCGGCCACAGGGCUCGAACCCAGGACCUUCUUGCUGUGAGGCGACAGCGCUAACCACUACACCACCGUGCCAUCCAUCCCCACAGUUGUGGUCUUGAAAUAAAAUCCAGAGUCCUCUACGUCCGAGAUAAAGAGAAGACCGAGUAAAAAAUGUGGUCGAUUCCCGAGAUGAGACGGAGACCUUCAAAAAGUAGUCUUCACACCAGUCUCAAGUAUUACAAUACUCAUCAAGAGCACACCUUUUGUAAGUUUUAGUAUUUAUCUUUUCUCAAGUAAAGUGCAUCUAAUGUACCUCUAAAGCUCUACUAAAAGCUAAAAACUAAUUUCACCCCAAUUAUGUACCUUAAAGAUACACUAUAUCCAUGUUUUCAGAUGAAAUGUAGCCUACUAAAAAUGGAGGUAUUAAAUGAACUAAAUAUGUGCCCUUGAAACUAUCACCACAAUGACAAGGAAAGAUACAGUUUAGUACUGAUUUUCAGAGAGUGUAACAAAACAUAAUGAUGAUAGAGAAGCAGUACAUGUAUUUAGGCACUGUUUGUAGCAAAGAAAGGUGAAAAUAGUGAGUUAUUAGUAAGUAAGAAUGGCCAAAUUCUUAUAGUAGAGGCAACUGUAAGUGGAAGUGCAUGUCAGACUUUUAUGAUUGAUGUUAGGGCAUACAGCAUACCAGAUGGAGGUGAGUUUUGUGCAUAGGUGAUUAACAAUUGUAUAUUUUAACCAAUCUUAUUCCUCAUUCCUUGGGAAGCCCCAGGAAUGUGGGUCUUUCUUUCCUGACCUUCUCAUAACUGAAUGAUUAACUGCAGUAACAUGUAAAUGACCCAGGAAUAUAAACAGUAUGUAUACUCAUUUCUACUGUCAUAUUCAAAAAGGUGAACGAAUGUGUUAUUGUAAAAUUGGGGUAUACUGUUAUAAGGAGAGCGCAGGAAUCCUAUCAGACUGAUUCCAGAUUCAUGCAAUCCUCUCCUUUUUCAGAUUUGAACUCACUGAUAGAAGUACAAACAUAUUUCCUGAUGAUAUAGGCUACAGUAUAAUGUGAUUUGUAUAUGAUUGAAAUGAGGCCUUACUUCAUUGAUAAUCAGAGCCACACCUGCAGCUUUAAACCCCUGGACUGGUCAGAGACAGAAGGCUGUGUGAUGUUUGAAUACGGACCGUGUAGGAAACAUUUUUGCUCAUAAAUUAACAUCUCAUAAAAAUAAUCAAACCUC